AUCAAGGCUGGACUCUGCGGCUUCUCACUGGCUGACGGCUGCUGCCCCUAUAACUUGGAGGAUAACAAGACGUUGAUGCUUGUCAGUCGCCAGGCUCAAAAAUGUAUAAGCCGAUCCUCUUCUUCCCCCUGCAUAAUAUGCGACCUGCAAGAUCGGCUAUACCAAUGUCAAUAUGUCUAACAGCAUUGCAAUGCGGGACAUGGGCCCUAUGCGUCCACUCGCGGAGGACGUUAACCCACUAGAAGCCCAAGCCUCGUUUCCAGGUGCAUCAACACAGGCUCGAAAUCAUAUGGAUAACGACUCAAAUCGACCCUCGGCUACAGAACUCGGAGAGUCACAAUCAGAGCCUCCGGGAGAUACACGGCACAACAGUCAUCACGAAAUCCAUGGCGACCAUGACGAUGAUAACGAUCAUGAGGACCGCGAGAGGAGACGGCGGGCAGCGGGACCGUUCAAGAAUCCCCGCGUCAACACCGAGACAAGCAUUUCGGAAGAAAGGGGGACCGGGCCACUGGGCGUGUUCGACAUAUUCGCAUUCAUUGCCAACAAGAUGAUUGGAACGGGGAUUUACACGGCUCCUGCAUCUGCUUUCUUGCUUACGGGGAGGAAGAACAUAACACUGGGUCUCUUUGGAGUUGGGUUCUUUUACUCACUGAUCAGCACAUUCCUCUACCUUGAUUUUGCUGCCGCGUUUCCAUACACUGGGGGUGAAUUGGUUUAUAUCAGUGAGAUGACGGCCUAUUCCGGAAUACGAGAAUCAUCACCGACACAAGGGCAAGUUGACAUGACCCCGAGCCCUCCCCGAUGGCGCAAGACGAAAAGGAUAUUUGGAGAUGGACUCCUGGCCUAUGUCGCCUACUCCAUCUUAUUUGUCGCAUUCUUCAACUCCGGAACCAACAGUAUGCAAACUGGACGUCUGGUCCUACUUUGCGUCAAUGCCGGAGAUGUUGACGAGAAUGGCAUGACGCCCGAUGUCAACCGAGAUCUUGUCCGCUUCCUUGGGAUCGUGGUACUAUCGGUGAUAUGUCUACUACAGUACUUCUCUCCCUCUGCAGGCAGAAGGCUGAACCGAGGUUUUGCUGCGAUCAAAAUACUCACGCUUAUUGCCCUCAUCGGUGUCGCUGGCAACACGGCCCGAGUGAGACGUCAAAACAACGAGGGACAUGCAGCCGAGUGGCAAGAGGAAAACCCAGUAACAAGCCCUUUGAGUUUCGCAAAGGCCAUUCUCGCGGUCCUGUUCAGCUUUGAAGGUUGGGAAAACGCUACAUUUGUUGCCGGCGAGAUACCCCGACAUCAGCACAAGAUCCUGCAAAAAGGCUUCAUCAUCGCCGUAGCGGUGGUCGGUGUCUUGUAUCUGGCUGUUGUUUCCGCAGUGCUUGAUGCUCUGAGUUGGGCUCAACUGAAUGAACAACGGACUAACGUAAAUUACGCGCCUUUGCUGACGGGUAAUGGCACGGCUGCGCGACGUGGCUGGGCCAUAAUGGCGGCUAUUUCUUCUCUUGGCAGCCUAAACUCCAUCAUAUACACAUUUAGCAGGGUCAAGCAAGCCAUUGGUCAAGCCGAUAUCCUACCCUGGUCCAAAGUCUGGAAAAAGGACGACAACAUGGACAGGGCCCGCGAUGUGAGCGUACAGGAGACACGAAACCCUACCAAUCCACAGCACUACAUUCACAAAUCGCCCCAGGGAGGGCUACUGAUCCACUGGACUAUGUCGGUAGUUGUGAUUGCUGGAAGCUCGGCCACAGCAAACACCAUUGAGUCGCUUGGCAUCCCAGGAUACAUACAAACCUACGUUCACGUCUUCGUUCUCUUCACCCUAGCUCUCGUCUCCUUCCGCCUCCCCGGCCGCGAAAGAGCCCUAGCAACCCUCACGCAACAACCAAUAAAAAGCAUACUCCGUCCCUCCGAGCUCACAAACCCCUUCGCCAAAUCCAUCUGGUACCUCUUAUGGCUCCUUUACAUAUUAAUGAACCUCACCAUCAUCGUCGUGAACCCAGUCCCGCCUUACUCCGGCUCCGACGGCAGCAACGUCUCGUUUCCCGGCUGGGGCUUCCCCGCCAUCCUCUUCAGCGUCCUCGCCUUUGCAAUCUCGUACUACCUCGUCAUCUUCUGUCCCCUGCCGCGGGAAUAUCCCCCAAAUCAACCCCUCGAUGCCCCCACUCCGGAUGAUCAGAUUCCCACACGGUGGACACGAAACCCCUUGCACGCCGCUGGCAUCAGGGCCAAGAUCGAGUUUGACAAGGACUACAACGAGGCUCUGCCGCGGGUGUUUCGGUUUGGUCGUCGGUGGCGGGUGGUUUACUCGAUUGAGGGCGAUCGCGACGGGGAGGAAUAUGAUUCCUCUACGACCAAGUUGUUUCUGUACUGGCUUUUUGGGGGUGAUCGUCUGAAGGAGUCUCCCCCGCGAAGAUUCUGGGAGUGGUUGAGGGAACGGGCGCAUUUUCGGUGAUAAAGGGAAGGGUUGGCAUGGCAACGGCUUAGGACCCACUUACCCCUGAAUCUUCCCCCUGCGAUUAUUCACAAUACGCAACACCUUAAUGUAGGAUUUAAUAAAUCAAAACGCGUGGGACUACGUGCGUUGUUAAAAACGUUUUUUUUGGGGGGGGGGAGG